CCCAGAGCACACCUCUGCGUGGCUUUAUUACUUGUUCAUGGCGUCUGGUCGAGGGCUACAGAGAGGUCGCCUUCCGACAAACAGAUAGGCCGGUGACUUUAACGGUUUUUGUGUCGGUACAAUGGAGGUGGAGAGUGUGCCAGUGGACGACGACAGGCGUCUGACCCAGCUGAGGUUCGAUGCCGCCGUCAAGGUGAUCAAGAGUUUGCCCCCGGAUGGUCCCUUUCAGCCGUCCAAUGACAUGAUGCUCAAGUUCUACAGUUACUAUAAACAAGCCACUGUGGGAGCGUGCAAUAUUCCCCGACCUGGCUUCUGGGAUGCAGUCGGGAAAGCAAAAUGGGAUGCAUGGAAUUCUCUUGGAGAUAUGACAAGAGAAGAAGCGAUGGCUGCCUACGUUGAUGAAAUGAAGCUGAUCCUGGAGGGUAUGCCCAUGACGGACGAGGUGGAGGAGCUCCUCCGUGUUCUCGGCCCGUUCUAUGAGCUGAUUGAGGAGAAGAAAAAGAUCUCGCAGAUAUCAGAUCUGAGCACAGGGUUUGGUACAAUGUUGAAUUCGGUCCAUUCGAAGAGCGUCACGAAGAACAUCAUCAGAACGAUGGAAAUGAACGGCACUCUGGAGACUCGUCCUGCCAGGCUCAAAUCAAAGGAAGUGAGGGAGGGGUCAGAGGAAGAGGCCCUGGAGGAGGAGGAGGAGGAGGAGGAAGAGGAAGAGGAAGAGGAAGAAGAAGUAGUGAUAAGGGAGGUCAGAAAAGACAAGAAAUCAGCAGCUUUACAGCCGAAGAAGAGGGGUUCGGCCAGAAGACACAAAGCGCCACUGCUGAACGGUAAAGUGGCUAACGGGGUCACCCAUCUGACUAAUGGGAGUCAGGAGGGUUCGGUCGGUGAGGCUGUGCUCAAUGGACACCACACAGAUCCCAGUGUAGAUGUGAUUGGCCCCAGUCACCUGGCCAGCGACUCGGACAGCGAAGUCUACUGUGACUCUGUGGACCAGUUCGGCCAAGAAGAGAGCUCAGAGCUUAACCGCUCUCUGGACGAUCUGGAUGAAGAGGAGAACCACGGCCUGCUUCCUCUAGAGGAGCCGCAGGCAGCACAGGAGCUCCGGGAGGACGGUCACGGUCCACCGCAAGUCAUCAAGUGUGGAGGGGAAGAUGGCGAGAACGGUGGAACAACGUCGCAGAGACUGAACGCAGCUGUGCCAGACAGCUCUUUGGUCAGAAGAGGGAGGGGCUCCAGGUCCCCAGGCCCGGGCUAUGGAUCUCUGGUGCCCACGUACAGCGGUGGAGACGGGGACGGGGGGCGCUGGGGAGGAGCAGUGACCCCUGGAGGGAGCCUGAACGAGCAGAUCGUCGUGGCGUUGGCGAGACUGCAGGAGGACAUGCAGAGCGUCCUGGAGAGGCUGCACACCCUGGAGGCUCUCACUGCGAGCCAGACAAGAUCAAUGUCUCUGUCUCCAACUUAUGCACCACUUCCAGUGAAUAAGAGGACUCGGAAACCAUCCUGGUGGCCUUUUGACAUUUCUCCAACCAGUUUGGCCUUCGCUGUUAUAUGGCCAUUUGUGGUACAGUGGCUUAUUCGCCUAUACCUGCAGAGGAGGAGAAGACGAAUCAACUGAACCUGCUCUCCCCCAAACAUCCAUGGGCAUAGACGAUAAAGAAGAGUCCUCUAAAUGUGUGGUUGGGUUGCUAAUGGCUGUAACUCCCCCCUGCUUAGACCCACAGCCCAGUAAUUUGCUUUUGCACUAUGAAGAAGGCACGUAAAGUAAUGAGUGAGAGGAAGAAACCUCUCAUGUGUUGUACUGUGGAUGUGGAAUCAAAUAGAAACAUGAAUGUAAGGGCUCACAGUCUGCAAUUAUACAACCUUUUCAAGAUGA